AUGGCUCUUGCCGAGCACGAUCCCAAAGAGUUUGGGGUCGAGGAUCUAUUGCUAUUGUCGAAACUCGAUCAGCAAAGUAUUGUCGAUAAUCUGAAGUUAAGAUUCUCCAAAAGUCGUAUCUACACAUACAUUGGCGAAGUGCUGAUAGCAGUGAAUCCAUACCGUAAUCUACCAAUUUAUGAUCAACAUACGGUGGAAAAAUACAAGGGUCGUGAAAUUUAUGAACGACCACCGCAUGCGUUUGCAAUCGCCGAUGCUGCAUAUCGUUCGAUGAAACGAUAUGGAAAAGACUGCUGUAUUGUCAUAUCAGGUGAAUCCGGUGCUGGAAAAACAGAAACCAGUAAAAUUAUUAUGCGAUAUCUUGCUGCGAUUACAAAUCUACAACAGCAACGUGAAAUUGAAAGAGUGAAAAACAUCCUCCUACGAUCGAAUUGCAUCCUAGAAUCACUUGGAUGCGCGAAAACAAAUCGAAAUGAUAAUUCGAGUAGAUUUGGCAAAUAUAUGCACAUCAAUUUUAAUUUUAACGGUGAUCCAAUCGGUGGAAAUAUCUCCAAUUAUCUUCUCGAAAAGUCUCGUGUCGUGAGGCAACAGAAAGGAGAACGAAAUUUUCACGUAUUCUAUCAUCUUCUACGAGGAAUUGAUGCGAGCAAAUUGAAAGAGUACAGCUUAAAGAAUGAUGCAAGCAAAUAUUUCUACCUGAAUCAGGGUGAGAGCGAUAAGGUUUCUUCAAUUGAUGACGCUCGUGACUUCAAAGAGGUCCAACAAUCACUCAAAGCUACCGGCUUCAACGAAUGUGACAUUGACGGUUUAUGGUCGAUAAUUGCCGGGAUUCUUCACCUCGGGAAUUUGGCGUUUGCGGAUUCGGAAUCGUCAAGCGGUGAUUGUCAUGUGACCAAUCCUGAAACACUUAAAAAUGCGGCCAGAUGUUUGUCCGUUACACCAGAACAGCUACAUAAGGCGCUAACUUCACAGGUUGUCGCUGCUCGUGGAGACGUGGUGGCAAAAACACACGACGUGAAUGCUGCCCUCUAUACAAGAGAUGCGCUCGCCAAGGCAGUCUAUGACCGCCUUUUCUCGUGGGUGGUCGAAAAAAUUAACGAAUCAAUCACGGUCGAACAAACAUCUCGUUACAAUAAAGGUACUGUAAUCGGUGUGUUGGACAUAUAUGGAUUUGAGAUUUUUGGCACGAAUAGUUUCGAGCAGCUUUGUAUCAAUUACUGUAACGAAAAAUUGCAACAAUUAUUCAUCGAGUUGGUUUUGAAACAGGAACAGGAGGAAUAUGAACGUGAAGGGAUCAAGUGGUCUAAAAUUGACUAUUUUAACAAUAAGAUCAUUUGUGAUCUCGUAGAAAUGCCAAGAACCGGAAUUCUAUCCGUUCUGGAUGAUGCAUGUGCUUCCAUAGGAAAUGUCACUGACCAGGUUUUCCUUAGAGAACUCGACAAGAACCUUCAAUCGCAUAAACACUACACAAGUCGAGGACUUAAACAAUCCGAUAAAUCCAUGAAACAUGAUGAAUUCAGGGUGACACAUUAUGCUGGUGACGUCACUUAUUCAGUGAACGGUUUUAUGGAUAAGAAUAGAGACACGCUGUUCCAGGAUUUGAAGCGAUUGAUGUAUAACAGUGAGAGCCCACUACUUAAGUCUAUUUUCCCAGAUGGUUCCAAAAAAGUAACUGAGGUGAACCGACGUCCACCUACGGCCGGAUAUUUGUUCAAAAACUCCAUGUCAACACUGGUAACCCAACUGGCCAGCAAAGAACCACACUACAUUCGUUGUAUAAAACCGAAUGAAGAGAAAAGCAGUACAAUUUUCGAUCUAGAAAGAGUUGAUCAUCAGGUCCGUUAUCUGGGUUUACUCGAGAACGUUCGUGUUCGCCGAGCUGGUUUUGUGCAUCGCUGCAGUUAUGAACGGUUUAUCAACAGAUAUAAGCUACUUUGUCCGGAUACUUGGCCAAAUCCAAGAGGUGGAACGCCACGUGAUAAUUGCUCGAAGAUUUUGAGAUAUGCCGGUUUGGAGGAGGAUUGUGUGUACGGUAAAACUAAGGUGUUCAUCCGAAGUCCACAAACAGUGUUUCGACUAGAAGAACUACGAAGCGCUAAAUUACCGGAAGUGAUCAUCUUCUUACAGAAGAAUCUCCGUGGCACAUUGGCAAGAAGACGAUGUAAACAAAUGAAAGCAAUCUACCAUAUUAUGGGCGUGUAUCGACGUUAUAAACUUCGCAGCUACAUCAAAAAUCUCAUCGAAUCAUUCCGUGGUGUUCGACAAAUGCCGGAUCUUGGGAAAAGUGUACGUUGGCCGGCGCCACCGGUUGUGCUGGAAUCGUUCGUCGCUAAACUUCGUGUGAUGCAUCAACGAUGGCGAGCGGCUACGAUACUUGGCAGGAUGCCACAACAUUUGAGAGAAUCGUUACCGGAAAAACUAGCCGCAUUCGUCGCGUUGAACGGGAAACGAGAACGUUGGGGUUAUACACGAUCCUGGAAAGGCGACUAUUUAUCACAGAGUGAGGAACCCACCUAUAAUCCGAUCAAAUAUCGUGCUGCGAUGCUUGCGUUGAAGAGUUCACAUCCGUACGAGAAAGUGAUCUUCAGCACAUUUUUCCAGAAGUUCAACCGUUUCAACAAAUCCUCGUUAAGAGCACUUGUUAUAACAGAUAAAUUCAUUGCUAAAUUUGAUGCCGUCAAUUUCAAGCUGCUCAAGGAACCGACACCACUGCAAAAUGUGUCACGCAUCUCUGUAUGUCCUGAACCGAAUGGUCUAUUUAUUAUUCAUUUAGCCGAUAAUGAUAUAGUUGGAUGCUUGAAAAAUCCAAAAGAAGAGGAACGAGUAGGAGAACUUGUCGGAACACUUCUAGCUCAAUAUGAAAGGAUGAACAUGCGAAUUCCGACCGUAAUCGUUUCGCCAGCGUUGAGCGUAUGUCUUGGCGGAAAAACCAGAGCAGUUAGGAUUUUCCCCGCCGAUCCCACACAGCAGGCGGUGUUCAAGAAAAAUGGCAAUGAUAUUGACCUCAUAUGCCAUAAUAUGACAGCCGCAUAG